GAUUGUGUCAUUUAAUUGUUGUAUUCAUUUGUCGAUUGUUUUGCCUUCCGUUCGAUCGCUUGUCUCACGACUCGAAACCAUUGAAUGGAUCGCCAAAUGGAUUACUACUCGUCCGAAGACAUGGACAGCGGCGACGAGUCGAGCAGCUGUUCGACCGAAGCGCUGGUCACGUCGACCACAUCGCUCGGCUCAUUGGCCGCCAUCACCGGCCCGAUGGCUGCCGACGGCGGCGGACACAAGAAGUGCGUGAAUAGAGGCAAAUGGACUAAAGAGGAAGACGACAGACUCAAGACCUAUGUGGACACGUUUGGCGAACACGACUGGCAGACCAUUGCCGGCCAUUUUGUCGACCGCACAGACAUUCAGUGUCAGCAACGGUGGGACAAAGUGGUGAACCCGAAGCUCAUCAAAGGUCCCUGGACUCGACAGGAAGACGAAAAAGUGGUGGAAUUGGUGGACAAAUACGGGCCCAAGAAGUGGACUCUGAUUGCGAAGCAAUUGGACGGCCGUAUAGGGAAACAGUGUCGCGAGCGGUGGCACAACCACCUGAACCCGGAGAUCAUAAAGACCGCGUGGACCGACACCGAAGAGAUGACUAUCAUUAAGGCUCACCAACAGUGGGGUAACCAAUGGGCGAAGAUUGCGAAACUACUGCCCGGAAGGACUGACAACGCUAUCAAAAACCACUGGAACUCUACGCUGAAGAGGAAGUCGGAGGCGAUUAUCAGGGGUUCGCCGACUGUUCCCCUCAAACGGCGAAAUAGUAGACGUAAUCGUAAUGUGAAUAAAGCGACUGAUAAUUCAUAUGAGAUGUUUUCGAGCACUUCGUUUACCAAACAAUUUGAGAGUUUUUGCGAAACUAUUUCGAGCGCCAAUCGAUCGCUUAAUGAUAACCAACAGUCGUUCCCGUCGUCGACCACUUCGAGACCCCUUCAGCCGACCACCACUUAUACGGCGGCCGAGUAUGAGGACAGCGAUGACGGUCUCAACGACUUGAGUGAUCUGUUAUCGCCGCUCAACGCCGAUGUGAUUGAGCGCGAGUUAACCGAAUUGGCCUCAUCUGCGGGCUCGGCCUUCAACGACCUGACCGUCUCUGAACUCGUGUCCGCUAUCGACGAACCAUUGCUUAGUUCUCCGCCGAAGAGUUGUUUUUUGCUGCAAAACUUAGAUAUGAAUCCAAAUGCCUCUCCAAACGCCUCUUCAAUAUUUCAUCCAUCGAUUCUGAAACGGAGACAAACAAUGGUUGACUACCAGACGCCCCCUUCCAUGAAGAAGCAAAAGAAUCCGUUCAAUGAGAACCACUUUAUGGCUAACUCCACGUCCACACCAUUCGUACAAUUGGGUCAAUCGCCGGACUUUAAAUGCCUGCCAUUCAGUCCGACACAGUUUCUGAACGGUCCGAACGGCGGUUCCGUCACAUCGACGCCCGCCAACAAUCAUCACAAUAACAACAGUCCAUCCAAAGUCCGGUUCGCGCAGAAGACCACCGAUCAGUGG